CGCCUCUUAUGAAAGCUGUUUGGUAAGGAGUUUGACCACGUGACCGCCUCAGCCUCUGAGCAAGGCACCGACAAGAAGAAGAAGAAGAAGAAGUAGAAGCUGCUGCCUUUGACGGAGAUGAAAAAGGUUGUUUUUGGACUCUGACAGAAGAAAAGAAAAAUCAUGUCUGCUUCGCGGACUAUUAUUUGUUUACUAAGGAACGACUUAAGACUGCACGACAACGAGCUGUUCCACUUUGCUGAGAAACACGCCGACCACAUGGUGCCGCUGUACUGCUUUGACCCCAGACAUUAUGUGGGAACGCACAACUUCAAGCUGCCAAAGACCGGACCUUUCCGCCUGCGCUUCUUGUUGGAAAGUAUCCAAGACCUGAGGAAGACCUUGGUCAACAAGGGAAGCAACCUGGUGGUGAGACGGGGCAAGCCAGAGGAAGUGGUGUCUGAGCUCAUCCAGCAGCUGGGCUCGGUCAGCGCUGUGGUUUUCCAGCAGGAGGUGACGUCCGAGGAGCUGGCGGUGGAGAAAGGCGUGAAGGAGGCGUGCGCCGGCAUGAAGGUGAAAGUGCACACCUGCUGGGGGUCCACGCUCUACCACCUGGACGACCUUCCCUUCCAGCACAUUACCAGGCUUCCUGACGUCUACACUCAGUUCCGAAAGGAAGUGGAAUCCAGAAGUCAGGUCAGGCCCGAGUUCCCGACCCCGGACCGCCUUAAGCCCCUCCCCCAGGGCCUGCAGGAGGGAGUCAUUCCCAGCAUGGCGGACCUGCAGCAGACAGAGCCUGCCAAGGAGCCUCGCUCCGCCUUCCCGUGCGCAGGCGGGGAAAGUCAGGCUGCGCUCAGACUCCAACAUUAUUUCUGGGACACGGAUGCGGUGGCGUCGUACAAGGAGACACGGAACGGACUGAUCGGCGUGGAUUAUUCCACGAAAUUUGCACCCUGGCUGGCCAUGGGCUGCCUGUCUGCCAGGUACAUCUACCAGCAGGUGCGCAGGUAUGAGAGGGAGCGCACGGCCAAUCAGAGCACGUACUGGGUCAUUUUUGAGCUCUUGUGGCGUGAUUACUUCAAGUUUGUGGCGCUCAAAUACGGAAAUCGUCUGUUUCAAGUCCAAGGACUUCAGGAUAAAUCCCUUCCUUGGAAACAGGACGUGGGUCUUUUCAGCGCAUGGAAAGAGGGACGCACCGGAGUCCCCUUUGUGGACGCCAACAUGAGGGAGCUGGCAGCCACGGGCUUCAUGUCCAACAGGGGGCGCCAGAACGUGGCGAGCUUCCUCACCAAGGACCUGGGCUUGGACUGGAGGAUGGGAGCCGAGUUCUUUGAGUACCUUUUGGUGGACCAUGACGUGUGCAGUAACUAUGGCAACUGGCUGUACAGCGCGGGCGUAGGAAACGACCCCAGAGAGAACAGGAAGUUCAACAUGAUCAAACAAGGCCUGGACUACGACCCUAACGGGGACUACGUGCGGCUCUGGGUUCCCGAGCUGCAGAAAAUCCCGGGGUCUGACGUCCACACGCCGUGGACCCUCAGCACGGCGGCGCUGGCCCACGCCGAUGUGUCCCUCGGCCGGACGUACCCCUCCCCCGUCGUCGUGGCGCCCGAGUGGAGCCGACACGCCAACAAGAGAGCGGGCGGCGGCGGCGGCGCGGCGAGAGGCACGAAAGGUCCGUCGCACACGCCCAGACAGCAUCGGGACCGAGGCGUCGAUUUCUAUUUCUCCAGGAGCAAAAACCUGUGAGCUCACACGGAAAACGAGCUUUUUUGCCUACAAAGCAAACUGGGCUUCUUCUUCACAAUACCCCACACAUUCUCUAUGGGGUUCAGGUCAGGGGAGUUGGCAGGCCAAUGGAGGACAGUAAUGCCAUGGUCAGUACACCAGUUACUGGUGGUUUUGGCACUGUGGGCAGGUGCCAGAUCAUGCUGGAAAAUGAAAUCAUCAUCCCCAUAGAGCUUUUCAACAGAUGGAAGCAUGAAAAAAAGAAAAUAUAUCUCUUUGUGUAAAUAUCUUGACAAAUAUGAGAUUAUUAUAUAUAGUAAAGAAGAGCAGGCAGCGGCUCACACAUUCUCAUACUUUCUGUAACAUCCAGGAAGAAAUGUCAGCCAUCUUGAAAAAUGUCCCGACUAUAAUCUACGUGAAGGAGCCCAGAAUUGUUUUUAUUUAAAUGUUGACAAUAUUUCACCAGGAAACCUUACAAUGUAUUGAAUUAUAAAAUGGUAUAAAAUGGAGUAGAUGAGUUAUUGUCAUAUACAGAAAUUUAUUUUGAAAUAAGACACGUGAUAAACGCGUGACGUAGUCAAGCAUCAUCACUUCCUGUUUCUCAUAUUACGGUAUUCUCUCGCCAUUUAUCGACUUUUUAGUCCCGCUCGUUCUGCCUUUUUUUUAAAUGUAUUUACUACUAUUUUAUUUCUGUUUACAAGUCAAAACUUCCAUUUUUUUGCAGGGAAAUCCAAUUUUUUUCCUUCCUGCCUGGCUCCUUUUUGUUUGUUUUCACUACAGCAGCGAUCGAUUCGCUCAACAAUCCUCCGUUUGCAACACUCGCAGCGUGGGCUCAUUAAAGGAGCGCCACGUGUUUCAUGAUCAAUCGAAUAACAGGACAGAGUUGGACGGACAUGAAGACGACAGAAAAGAUAUCUCUGCCAAAAAUGCAAACUUUGUGUAAAUAUCUUGACAAAUAUGAGAUUAUUAUAUAUAGUAAAGAAGAGCAGGCAGCAGCUCACACAUUCUCAUACUUUCUGUAACAUCCAGGAAGAAAUGUCAGCCAUCUUGAAAAAUGUCUCGACUAUAAUCUACGUCAGGGGAGUCCAAAGUUUUUCCACAAAGGGCCGCACACUGACGAGUCAAAGCAUGCGGAGGCCGUUUUGAUAUUUUAUUUUGUAAAAAAUGUAAAACAGACAUAAAUUUACAGACGAAACAAUGUGUUUACUUUGUAUGAAUUAUUAGUAUUAAAUUAGCUACCAUAUUUGCUUAUUAUCGCCCUCUCAAUGUGAGACAGGCCCCUUCUUUGGCUAUUUUUAAGACCCUUAAAACCCAUUUUAAUUCACUGGCUUUUAACACAGCAUGAGACUUUAAACUGUUUUUAACUUUUUUAACGGUUUUUAACUUUCUAAAUGCUUUUUAUCUAACAAAUUGUUUUUAGGGUAAUUUGUAUUUGCUUUUUUAAUGUGUAUUUUACUUCUGUUUUAAAUGUUAUUUUUCAGUUUGUCCUUUGCCUCUAUUUCUUUGUGGUGUACAGCCCUUUUU